GCGCCAGGAGCCUCAGAUUAACGGUAAAAAAAUGUGGCUUCAUAUGGAAGGCGGUUAAGCACCGUUGACACGGAUAUGAGAGAUUGUCCAGGAGUAUCUCUCUUCGCUACAAAGAAUCAAAGACGUGGCGAGAAUGGUGCCGCAAUAGAGUGUCUAUUGAUAAAAACCCCUUGUUUUUCUCUUUGAUGGGUCUAUGAUUUUUCUCUGAACAAUGCAUACCAGUUGUUUGCUUAAAUUACUCAAUAAUGCUUUCUCCUUUUCUUUCUGUUGCUUUCCCAUCAUUCUUCUCAUUUCGCAAUCAUAGUAGGAUUUUACCGUAAAAUCUUGACAAUAAUCUUUCUUGUUUGUUGACGUAGAGGAUACAAAAGAUAUUGACUUUAAAACCACCCAACAUGAACCAAGGUGGCUUGUGAAAUUACUGGGAAAUUUCCUUCUUGGAAGUCAUGUUCUGGGACAAGUUUUCCAUAGCUUAAUAAAUACAUUGUUUGAUUGUGGAGAAACUGGGUCUGGGAGCAGUGAUGUCCGUACGUGGAGAUGGAAUUGUCUCUGUGGCUUAUUGAAAUCAAACAAUGGAGAACCAUAACAAUCCGAUUGUUCGAAUCCAUUCCCAUGCUGAGAUAGCACCACUAGAGGAAAGGGCAGUUCUGGAGUUUCAGGAUGAGAGUCUUGAUAGUCCUGAAUCAAUUGCCAGACAUCAACAAGAUAAAGUGAAUGCCAUUGAUUCUCAAGAUGGUCUCGCCGCUUACAUCAGAAAGAAUAGUGUAUUAGAUAGCAUAAAGAUUGUAAUAUUCUCAACCAAACUCAACUUACUUAUUCCUUUCGGACCUCUAGCAAUCUUGGUGGAUAAAUUCAUUGGUAAUCAUGGUUGGGUCUUUGUGUUGAGCUUAUUAGGCAUCAUACCUAUGGCUGAGCGUCUGGGCUUUACUACAGAGCAGCUUGCUUUUUUUACUGGACCAACAGUUGGAGGUCUUUUGAAUGCUACUUUUGGAAAUGCAACAGAAUUGAUAAUAUCAAUUUUAGCAUUAAGAAAUGGCAUGAUGCGUGUUGUUCAGCAGUCGUUACUUGGGUCAAUUUUGUCCAAUAUGCUGCUAGUUCUUGGAUGUGCAUUCUUCUGUGGUGGACUUGUAGUUAGAAAGAGGGAACAAGUGUUUAAUAAGGCAUCUGCUGGAGUGAACUCUGGAUUGCUCUUGAUGGCAGUCAUGGGCCUUUUGUUUCCUGCUGUCCUCCAUGCUACACACACAGAAGUGCAUUUUGGGAAGUCUGAGUUGGCUCUUUCUAGGUUUAGUAGCUGUGUCAUGCUUGUGGCCUAUGCAGCCUUUCUACAUUUCCAGCUGAAAAAACAGGACAAGCUAUAUGUUUCAGUUGAUGAGAGUCCAAGUCAAAUAAAUACAGAUGAUGAAGAGGAUCCUGAGAUCUCGAAAUGGGAAUCAAUAAUAUGGCUCUCCCUUAUUACUUCAUGGAUUUCGGUCCUCUCAGAGUACCUAGUUGAUGCCAUUGAGGGAGCUUCUGUUUCUCUGAAGAUGCCAGUGGCAUUCAUUAGUGUUAUUCUGCUCCCUAUUGUUGGCAACGCAGCAGAGCAUGCGAGUGCAAUUGUUUUUGCUAUGAAAGACAAGCUAGACAUAUCUUUGGGUGUGGCAAUAGGUUCAUCAACACAGAUAUCUAUGUUUGGGGUCCCCUUUUGCGUGGUCGUUGGGUGGAUCACAGGGCAUCCUAUGGACCUAAAUUUUCAACUUUUUGAAACGGCCACACUUUUCAUUACUGUUCUAGUAGUAGCCUUCAUGCUCCAGGAGGGGACCUCUAAUUACUUCAAGGGAUUAAUGCUCAUUUUUUGCUACCUGAUAGUUGCUGCAAGUUUCUUUGUACAUAUAGACCCCACUUCAUUAGAACAUGAACCCGGCAAACCAAGUGGAUGAAGAGAAUGGAUCACUGUGGUAGAUAGCUGAAGCGUAAGCACUGUUCCAUGUACAGAAGAAGUGGUUCUGGUCUAAACCUCCCUCUGAGUCGAUUGAGAGUGGCAGAUUUAGCCAGAUGGUUCUACUAAGAUGCUCAAAUUGACAGAUUCUAUGAGGUGGUUCUGGGGCUCAAGGUCUAUAUUGCAAUUCCACUCGACUUUAUAUGAUUUUAGUUUAUAUAUCUUCUCAGUACUGCUAUUUCAAUUUAACAGUUCCAACUUCCAAAUCUCGUUGUUUAGCUCAUUCUACAGAAUUUUGAUAUCACUGCAUUUUUGCUACUUGAAAGAUGGCUGGAAUAGGCUCUUUAUACUGAAAUUUUCAAGGUAGGACAAUUAGUAAUGUCAAAUAUAAGACUCGAAUACAUUCUUUUCACUCAAUAAAGAGUUUUCUUCGACUUUUCAAUC